UUUGGCUCCGUUUCCACUUCUGCAGGAGCUGACACACUCGCCCACCUUCUCCCGGGCUCCUCCUCCGCCGCCCUUUAGGGGAAGCUGGCCUUCCUCUUGGGCAGAGGGGCAGCAACCAGCUGCUCCGCUCCACCUACGCUUGCUUCUAUCCAGGGGAAGAAUUUUGUAUUCCAGUUCCCGGGCUGCAGAAAACGCCAACCAUGGCUGCCGGGAGUGCUUCCUCGGAGAUGAUAGAGCGAGAACGGAAAAAGUUACUGGAAAUCCUCCAGCGAGAUCUCGAUUCUGUCUUAGAUUCGCUGAGCUCUCGGAGACUGAUUUCCGAGGACGAGUAUGAGGCGCUGGAGGACAUGACAGACCCCCUGAAGAAAAGUCGAAAGCUGUUGAUUUUGGUACAGAAAAAGGGAGAAGUCAGUUGCCAGCAUUUUCUCAAAUGUUUAUUUAGUACUUUCCCCGAGUCGGCGACAACGUGGGGCUUAAGGCACGAAUUUUCACAACAUGAGAACACAGAACCUCUUGAAUCUAUGGGUAUGAGCAAGAGUUCAGAAGAGCCCCUUUCCCGGGGAGAAAAACAGCCUGAGAAUUCUGAGCCCACAGUGCCCUGCACAGAUAAAGAACACCUGGACUUGGAAACCUCUGAGACAUUCCUGGACAAGAAAACCAGUUAUGGGGGAACGGCUUGGCCCUGGAGGGCAGGUGACAAGGACGGCCACAUCCCAGCAGUCCCACUGCCACGCUCAGGAGAGGAGGUCCACUAUGAAGUUUCAGAAGCUGUUUAUCACUUACAGGAUGGACAGAGAUACGAUGAGAUCGAUGACUCUCUGUACUUAGGAGAGGAGGACUAUCUGGAAUCAGUUAUGUGCUCUGAAGAUGCAGACAGCGCUGUGGAAAAAGAGGACCCUAGUGACCCAGAGCACCUGGUCUAUGCCGGCGAACAGGAGCCUGUGUAUUUAGAAACCACGGAGUUCUCCCUCGAGGAACAGAGUGGUGGGGGUUCAGAAAUGGGCCUGUCGUUGGAGGAGGAGAAGGAGGAGAGGAUGGAAGAAAGAAGAAGGGUGUUUAAAGAUGUCCUGUCGUGUUUGAACUUGGACAGGAGCAGAAAGCUGUGGCCGGAUGUUGUGAGACAAUUCUCCCUGGAUCGAGGGUGUAAGUGGACCCCCGAGACUCCGGGAGACUUGGCCUGGAAUUUCCUGAUGAAAGUUCAAGCCCUGGAUGUGACGGCUCGAGACUCCGUCCUUAGACAGGACGCCCUGCACGCGGAGAGCGGAGGGGAAUGGCCGGCUGGCGUGGAGAAGGCGGCAAUCAGAGACGUCCGCGCCGUCCACCCCCUGGACGUGCUCUGCGCCUCCGUGCUGUGCUCGGACAGCGCUUUGCAGCGCCAAGUCCUGGCGAGCAUGUACCGAUGCCGGUUCGCUCUUCCCCUGCUGCUGCCGGAUGCGGAGAACAACAGAAGCAUUUUAAUGCUGGGAGCCAUGAGGGACGUGGUGAAGGAGCAGCCAGCACGGGCUUUAGGAGGGCCUGCAGGGGAAACGGAAAAGUUUCUGAUGCGCAUGAAGAUGCCCGUCAUCUCUUUUGUGCGUCUCGGAGACUGUAGCAUCUCCAAGUCCAGAAUCCUCAACGCGCUGCUCAGGCCUGACCCCCAGAAAUCACGCAAAAUCUUCCUCCACCGAGACGGGGCGUUGCCAGGGUCUCCCCGGCAGAUCUCGGAGGGCCUGGUGGAGAUCGCCUGGUGUUUUCCCGAUGGCGACAGUCUGAUGGAGAACGCGCACCUUUUCCAAGAGCCCGUUGCCGUGACCAACCUUCGUGGAGAUAUCGAAAGGUUUUGGUUGCAAUUUGGCUUCUUGAUGGAGGUUUCCUCGGCUGUGUUUUUUUUCACUGACUGCCUAGGUGAAAAGGAAUGGGACCUGCUCAUGUUUUUAGGAGAAGCUGCCAUUGAGAGAUGCUAUUUUGUCCUCAGUUCCCAGGCCAGGGAAAGUGAAGAGGCUCAGAUGUUCCAGACGAUUCUGAAUUUGAGGCCAUCACAGCUACUGUUCUGGGAGGAGGAGGAAGCUGGGGAGACAGAGGGGAACAUGGAGAGCCUCCAAGCUGCCCUCCGAGAGGUGACGUCCUCCUCCCUCCGACGCCUGUCGGUGGAGGACAUGGGCCCCCUGGCCAGGGAGCUGGGGAUCCAGGUCGACCAGGACCUUGAGAACGUUGAAGGAACUCGAGUUCCUCCUAGUGAAGACAGGGCUGGAACCGUUGAAGAUGAGGGGCCACAGAGACACAGGCAGCCAGAAAGUUCAUCCAAAAGCACAGCCGAGCUGCCAGUGAAAGAGCCCGGAGCUGGAGGGGAAGUCAGCCCGGCUCCUCAGGGUGGCCACCUCAGCCCAGGAGUCAGGCCUCACCCGCAGAACUCCUGCUUUUUCCCAAUCAUGAUUGGGGGACACUUCAACCAUGUUCCUUUGAGAGCCCCCUGGGUUAUGGGCUCCCGCUUUGGGUCAAGGCAGAAGUCCAGGUGGUUCUAUCCUUCAACCUUUCAGAAUUCAUGGGUCCACAGUCAAGGCAGAAGUUUUGGAGUCCAGCACUUCCAACCCCUGAGAUUUUGUUCAGGUGGAAGGCUUAUAAAAUUUUCGAGACCUCCUCGUGGACAUCCCAUGCGUGGACUAUUUGGGAGACCACUAAGACCUGGUAGUCAGUGUGUACAGGCCCGGCCUCGAAGACCACAGGCCACGGGAGCUUGCGAAAGGCCUGCCAUAAUAAUGGCCUCUCAGAUACGUCCCCCCCAUCCCCUGGGUUCACGGCCAGAAGGACCAUUGGGGAAGCUACAGCCCAAGCAAGCCCACCUCCGGGCAGCACAGCCAGCUGAGGCCACUGGAAAACUCAUGAGAACACCAUUUCAUACUGUGGAUCCUCACUCUCAAGUCUGUCAACCUGCAGGAGUCAUGCAAAGGCCCGUAAGGCCCACCUUUCAGCAAGGAUUCAAGCCAAAGACCCAAGGGGGACCUUUAAAUCCAGCCGUCCAAAUGGGAUCCCACCCCACAUCCAGCAACAAAUUUUUACCUGGUUCUCCAUUCAGUCAGCCCAAGCCAUCCCAGUACAAGCACCCCCAGCCCAAACCUUCCCAACCUACAUCCUCUCAACCCAAACCCACUCAGACAAAACCCCCUCAGCCCCAGCCCUCCCAAGCCAAAUCCUCUCCAUCCAGACCCGCUCAGUCCCAGCCACGCCAGCCCCAGCCCUCCCAAGCCAAAUCCUCUCCAUCCAGACCCACUCAGUCCCAGCCACGCCAGCCCCAGUCCUCCCAGCCUAGGCCUCAGCCCAGACCCACUCAGCCCAGGUCAUCGCAAGCCAGUCACUCACAGGCUAAGACAUCCUACGCAAGAGCCGGGCCCCGGAGGGGCGGGAAGCACUGAGGUGCUCACUCCAGAGACCUGUGAAACUACCUUUCCCCGGGCCAUUCCAAUCCCACGGCAGCGACCCGAGGAAGAGCGGUACUGACUGUAGACACUGCUGUCCUUAGCGAGACACAGAAAAACAGACGUGCGCAGCCUGCUUGGACGUCACUAAACUAUCUGUAAGAACUGUGUCCCUGACAAAGAGGGAAAACUACGAAAAGAACAAGGACUAGAACCAAGCAGUGAAUAAUAAAUUAAUUGAAUCCAGCUUUGAGUCCUGGGUAACAGAUCCCCUGCAUCCAGGGCGUGGGGACUGUGAGGCAGCCCCACUUGGGGAAAAAUGGAGUUGGGGUCUCGAACUGCAAAGUGAUCACCAGGACCCAGGUUGUCUCACUGUUGCCAAUACAAUUGCCUUAAUUGUUGGCUGCUCUAGAGGUGUCCUAGUCAAACUUUCUCCUUUAACAUUGGCUGCUAAGCAGAUAACCCUGUUUGUCUGGGUUACUCAAUUUGCCUCUAGUUACAGCCUCAAUUUUCUUGGAUAAUAAAACUCUCUCAUUUGAUCCUUACAUAUGGAAAUAAUGACCUA